UGACAAGCUUCUCAAGGUUGAAAACCUCUCACUUCAAGGAUGGUGUAUCAAUAGGAUUAAACAUUCUUCCCAUAUUUUAGCUUCCUUCACCAUGUAUAAAAUUUUAUGAGACAUGUUUGUGUAUUGAUUAUUCAAUUGCUGUCACCAAUGAUCACUAGUGAAAAAGAAACUUUUUCUACUUCUAUCCUACAAUGUUUAUCCACAUGUUCAGAAAUUAUGAAGGAAGUAAAAAUGAACUGGUACAAUAAAUUGAGAUAUGAACUGGCACCUCCAGUUUUUGUGAUAUUUUUCACUGCUUUUUCUCUUCUUAUUCCAUAUUUUGGAAGGGAUGGCAUAGAAUUAGUUUCUUUGGUUCCAAGCUUAAUUGGUAGUGCUUUUUCUUGGACUUUUAUUGGAAUUAUUUUCUUUUGGGCAUGGUUAUGGCUCAUAUUAGAAAGAAAAAAAUAUUAUGGUCCUUUGACUACUGAUGCCACUACUGCUUUGUAUAAGGGUAGAGGAUUUGUGUAUUAUUGGGCUACAAUAACUGCUUAUGUUCUAUGUGAAACCUUCCGGCCUGGACUAUCUUCAAUUAUUUAUAACUCGAUGCCAGACAUUAUUGGCAGUCUAAACAUUGUAGCAUUUUCUCUAUGUGUAUUUUUUUACUUUUUACCAUCCGAAAUUCAACGAAACUCAAAGUUUCCAAAAGUAUACAUUUUCUACCGUGGCAAAGAAAUUCAUCUAAAAUUUUUAGGUGUUGAUGCUAAACAGUUAAUUAUUUCAAGAAUAGGACUUAUGAUGUGGCAAUUACUUAUUUUAGCUUUUUUCAUUGCUUCAUUGGAUAUUUAUGGAUUUAAUUUCCCUAAUUUCACUUCUGUUUUAAUACAGAGCGUUUAUUUAGGCAAGUUUUACUACUGGGAAAAAGGAUAUUAUUACACAUUGGAUAUAACACUGGACCGUAUUGGUUAUUAUUUGGUGUGGGGAUGCCUCGUGUGGGUCCCUAGCUUUUAUACUUUCACUUCAUUCUUUCUAGUAGGUCAUCCUCCCAUUAUAUCAAAUGGAUUAGCAUUUUUAUUUGGACUGUUUGGAGUAGUGAGUAUUUUAAUGAACUACUGGGUAGAUGCUCAAAAACUUCAUUUUCGAUCAUCUCCUGAUGGUAGAUGUGUUAUUUGGGGUAAUCCAGCUAGGUUCAUCAGAGCUAAAUAUAAAGAUCAUCUUGGAAAAGAAAAAAGUUCAUUAUUACUUACCUCUGGUUUGUGGGGAGUUGCAAGGCAUCUAAAUUACACCUUUGAAAUAGCAACUUCUAUAUUUUGGUGUCUACCUGGACUAUGGUUGGGUAUUCAACCAUUGUUGUAUAUCCCUUUUAUCAUCAUUCUACUUUUUCACCGCGUUUUCAGAGAUGAGGAAAAAUGUGAAGCUAAAUAUGGAUCAUUUUGGACUCAGUAUUGUGAAAAAGUGCCUUACCGACUCAUUCCAAAUGUAUUUUAGAAAUAAUUAUGUGAUAUACUCUUAAAUAUUAAAAUUUAAAAGAUGAGGAGAUGAAUGUGCUAUGUAAUAAUUUUUUUGAAAAUUGAUAUUUUCUUAAGAAGAAAGUAUUAUAUAUUUAUCAUUGCAAAUUAGCAAACCAAGAUUAUUUGUUAAUCACAUCAUUUCUAAUCGGAUUUGAUUGAUCAUGACUUUAAAAAUCUGAUUUAAAAAAAAUCUUUCACAUUUUUAUAGAACUUUAAAUUUGUAACAUAACAACUUCAUGAACUCAUGUCUUCAAUUAUUAUCGACUGUUUAAAAUUAUUUUCCAAACUACAUGGUUGAGAUGACACGAGGAACUGAUGUUACUGAGUUUAAAAAAAAAAAAAAAAAAGUAAAUAAAAAUAUACUAGGUUAAGUGAAUGAAAUUUGGAAAAUAUAAUUAAUGAUUGAAAAAAAAAUUUAAUUUGGUGUUUUAAAAUGUGUGAUUCUUUCUUUUAUACUUUCUUCUGUCAAUUCAUCUUCAUAUGUUUUCUUGUAUAGGCAGUGAAUGUACCUGAAUCCCUUCUACUCAUAAACAAUUAUUGUAUACCUUUAUGCAAAACUGUAUAUAUCAAUGUGCUAUGUGUGCACUUAAAGGACUUAUGAAUUAUUUAUUGUAUUUUACAUCGUAUGAUAUUUUUUAUUUAUUAAGAAUUUUACUUUUUUUAUAAAUCAAUUUAUAAGCAUUAUAUCCUACAGUAAAUCCGAACCAGUUUGUUAAUUAUUUUUAAUUAAUUUAUUUAAAAAAUAUGACAAAUGAUUUUCCUUUUUUAUUGACAGUGACCUUUAAUUUUACCCAUGUUAAAUUUGAAUCAUAUAUGACUAUUUCAUACAUCUCAUGAAUUCAUCGCCUAGUGCAACUGGUUAACUCAGUAACAUCUGAAAUUUAUGAGAAAAUAAAAAGAGAAAGCUCAAAAAAAAAAAAAAACUCAAUUGACAGGGAGCAGCAAUAUACUACCACAUUUUUAAAUAAAUAAAUUUAAAAUAAAUACAAUAUAUUUUAAUCUAUUUAAUGAAAAUUUACAAAACUUCAUCACAAACAACAUUUAUUAUUCUUUCUCUCUGUAAUAUAAUUAUGCUCUUAAAUUUUUCUUCAAUUGUAAAAAUGUUCUCAUCACUAAACAAAAUCUUUUGAUGAAGACUAUUGGUGUAACGGCUAAGGAGCAGUUUGCAUCUAUCCACUCAACUUUUUUUUUUAUGGAUGUGGUUAGCCUUUGUCCUGUCAUUCUUCGAAAUGCACCCAUACUAAAGUCACUUUUUAUUAUGCGAGACAGUGAUCUGACAGAGAUUCCCAUUUCCCGAUACAAGAUUUGUUGUUUUCGAGUGAGAUUUCUUCUGAUCGAGUAGCCACUGCUCCCACUGAAUUUGCUGUUCUUAUAGUGCAUGGUUGAGGUCGGUCACAUGUAGAUAGGAUCUCAUUUAUCUAUUUAUAGUGCGGUACACGAACAUACAGCUGAUACCCAAAGGUUUCAAAGUGUUGAAAAUUCCUGACCUACAUUUUCCAACUUUGUGUAAGGCGAUCACAGAUAUUCGGUUUUCUUUAUCACCCCACUCCAUGUUAACUGAGCGAAGGAUAAAUAGCAGCUAAUUGGAAUUAUUAUCCUGGCAUGUAAAAAAAUUAUCUAAAUUAAUAAGAUUAUUUAAAUAAUACCCAAGGAUCUAAACAAAGUUUAGCUUUUGUUACAGUAUUUAUGGCAAUACUAGGUAUAAUCUUCCCUAUAAAAUAUUGUCAUUUAUUAUACUAUUUAAUUAAUACUAAUUAUGGUUUAAACAUUAAAGUUAAACAUUCGCCGAUUUUACACAUCGGUGACUGUUCAUAUUACAAGUCGAUAUGACUUUUCCU